AUGAUAUUAGAAGAUUCCUGGGAUAUGCCUCCUGUUAAACGCGGGAGACGAGGAGUUAGCGACGUUGAUGAGGAGGACGACGAUUACAGGCGUCGGAGAGAUCGUAAUAACGAGGCUGUAAAGAAAAGCAGAUACAAGUCCAAGCAGCGAACUCAAGAAACAUUUACACGGGUAACAAAACUUAAGGCAGAAAACCAAGAAUUAGAAGAAAAAGUUAAAUCACUAACAAAAGAUCUCAAAUUUCUUAAGGAUCUCUUCGUGGAAUUUGCUUCAAAUGCACAAGACCCUAAAUUUCAAAGCAUGGAUUUAGAUGCGCUCACUAGAGUGUCACAAGAUGACAAAAAUGAUGAAAGUAGUAGUAGUAAAGGA